AUGAACACUGUGAUAACCACAAGCAACACUGCUAACGACAAUGAACACUGUGAUAACGACAAGGAACAAUGUGAUAACGACAAGGAACACUAUGACCUUUUCAAACCCGGAUUUUUCCACGGGUCUGAUAACGACAAGGAACACUGUAAUAACGACAAGGAACACUGUAAUAACGACAAGGGACACUGUAAUAACGACAAGGAACACUGUGAUAACGACAAGGAACGCUGUAUUAGCGACAAGGGACACUGUAAUAACGACAAGGAACACUGUGAUAACGACAAGGAACGCUGUAUUAGUGACAAGGGACACUGUGAUAACGACAAGGAACACUAUGAUAACGACAAGGAACGCUGUAUUAGCGACAAGGGACACUGUGAUAACGACAAGGAACACUAUGAUAACGACAAGGAACGCUGUAUUAGCGACAAGGGACACUGUGAUAACGACAAGGAACACUAUGAUAACGACAAGGAACGCUGUAUUAGCGACAAGGGACACUGUGAUAACGACAAGGAACACUGUGAUAACGACAAGGAACACUGUGAUAACGACAAGGAACACUAUGAUAACGACAAGGAACGCUGUAUUAGCGACAAGGAACACUGUGAUAACGACAAGGGACACUGUGAUAACGACAAGGAACACUAUGAUAACGACAAGGAACGCUGUAUUAGUGACAAGGGACACUGUGAUAACGACAAGGGACACUGUGAUAACGACAAGGAACGCUGUAUUAGCGACAAGGGACACUGUGAUAACGACAAGGAACACUAUGAUAAUGACAAGGAACGCUGUAUUAGCGACAAGGGACACUGUGAUAACGACAAGGAACACUGUAUUAGCGACAAGGGACACUGUGAUAACGACAAGGAACACUAUGAUAACGACAAGGGACACUGUGAUAACGACAAGGAACACUAUGAUAACGACAAGGGACACUGUGAUAACGACAAGGAACGCUGUAAUAACGACAAGGAACACUAUGAUAACGACAAGGAACACUAUGAUAAUGACAAGGAACGCUGUAUUAGCGACAAGGGACACUGUGAUAACGACAAGGAACACUGUGAUAAUGACAAGGAACGCUGUAUUAGCGACAAGGGACACUGUGAUAACGACAAGGGACACUGUGAUAACGACAAGGAACACUAUGAUAACGACAAGGAACACUGUGAUAACGACAAGGAACACUAUGAUAACGACAAGGGACACUGUGAUAAUGACAAGGAACGCUGUAAUAACGACAAGGAACACUAUGAUAACGACAAGGAACACUAUGAUAAUGACAAGGAACGCUGUAUUAGCGACAAGGGACACUGUGAUAACGACAAGGAACACUAUGAUAACGACAAGGGACACUGUGAUAACGACAAGGAACACUAUGAUAACGACAAGGGACACUGUGAUAACGACAAGGAACGCUGUAAUAACGACAAGGAACACUAUGAUAACGACAAGGAACACUAUGAUAAUGACAAGGAACGCUGUAUUAGCGACAAGGGACACUGUGAUAACGACAAGGAACACUGUGAUAAUGACAAGGAACGCUGUAUUAGCGACAAGGGACACUGUGAUAACGACAAGGAACACUGUGAUAACGACAAGGAACGCUGUAAUAACGACAAGGGACACUGUGAUAACGACAAGGAACACUGUGAUAACGACAAGGAACGCUGUAUUAGCGACAAGGGACACUGUGAUAACGACAAGGAACACUAUGAUAACGACAAGGAACGCUGUAUUAGCGACAAGGGACACUGUGAUAACGACAAGGGACACUGUGAUAACGACAAGGAACACUGUGAUAACGACAAGGGACACUGUGAUAACGACAAGGGACACUGUGAUAACGACAAGGAACACUGUGAUAACGACAAGGAACGCUGUAUUAGCGACAAGGAACACUGUGAUAACAGUUCAUACAUGCAUCAUGCAGUAUAUGCAUUCUCGAGAAUGCAACGGUUCCUACUCUGUGACUGUUGGGUUGAAAUUUAA